AUGACCGCCGGAGUGACAACCUACCUGUGGGAGAAAAUGGCAGGACACAAACUGCACGACGCAGCAAAGGCAAACAAGAUCAAGAUUCUCGAAAGACUGCUCAACGAAGGUUACAAUAUUGAUUCAGUGGUCGGAGGCUUCACGUCGCUGUACCUAGCUGUGGAAUCGGGCCAAAUCGAAUCUGUGCAAUUCUUGCUCGCUCGCGGAGCCAACCCCAACACCAGAUGUCUCGGCGGGAUGAGUGCUCUGCACUGCGCCUGUCGACAAGGCCAUCUUUCCAUAUUGCAGUGUCUUGUCGAAUGCGGAGGCGAUCUCCGGCUCCGAGACGACGAGGGGCGGACGCCCUACGAGUACACAUACGACUGUCAAGACAAACAGAAGAGAUCCAAAGUUCUGACCUUCAUAUCUCGGAAGAGAUCAAAAGCAUUCCGACUCCAAGACGGCCACGGCGAACGCACAACACACUCGGCUGAUGGCCUCUCAUCGUUGAAACGGCGUUUGUCAACUGGAAGUCAGCGGAAGGAGUGGUGCACCGAGAGACUGGUCACGGAUGGCGGCUUCGGAUGUGUCUACCAGCACGGAUCAGCGGUCGGGGUUCCGACCCACAUCCAGCAGGUGUCGUCUACUCUCUUGUUCAUAGCGGAUGACGCGCGCACGGCAUGGGCCGGACCGAUGACCGUCUUCCAAACGAUGUACUGGGGCAAUAUGAAAGUGACCGCGAAACGUUCGACCGUGAACUCGUUCGUGUGCAAGGGAUUCAGGAGCGACAUAAUUCUACAAGAAAUAGAAAACCUCCGGAAACUGAGCGUGCACCCGAAUUAUCUGUGGCCGCUGGCCGUAUCUCCCAUACAGAACAUGGAAGAUGCCUACAUUGUGUACGAAGCUAUUCAUUUCGGAAGCCUGUACAACGUGCUACACUCGAAAGACUAUCCUCAGCUGACCACUGAGAACUUGCUCCUUUUCCUCCAACAGACUUGCGAAGCCGUGCUCUUCGUACACAACUCGGGCUUCAUUCACAGCUGCCUAAAUCCGCACAUUGUUUCCAUAACUUCACCGUACCAGGCGAAGCUAGGCGGCUUCGAGUACAUGGUCAACGAGAACAGAUCUCAUGAAUCACACAAGUUCUCCAUAACCCACGAGGCCAUACAGGAAUAUUAUUACCAUUGGCUUGCGCCGGAAAUUCUCGGUAAAUGUGUUCCGGUCAAACAAUCGGAUGUCUACGGAAUGUCUGUUCUCGUCUGGGAGGCUUUCAGUGGAGGUAUUCCCUGGGAGGACAAGGACGUCGAGAGCGUAUUUAAACUCGUCGUCGGGUCCAAGAAAAGCCUCGAGUUGUCUCCGCAAGUGCCGGAGCCGCUAGCUUCCCUAGUCAGGACGGGCCUACUGACGUCACCCAGUCAACGUAUCGUGGACCUCGACGCCCUGUAUCAAGCCCUUGGCACGGCCAAUAGGAAGGUCGUGGUGGCAAAUCGAAAGAAAAUCACCGAAAAAUCGUUCUCGAUGCGUUCUUCCUUCCGGACUCCGCCGCCUUACAUACGGGACUCGAGUUUCGACGAUAGUGAAGCGCCCUCGCAACCCGACGAGGACACAAUGGACACAUCGUCGUCCGCCGCCACCGUACAGAUUCCGAGAAAUCCGGCAGAUGCCGUAUCUUCCACCCCAAAAUCGCUCCAAGUGUGCAGAAUGGAGUGGAUCAAAUUCGGUUCGAGUCCUGAAGAGCCCAAGAAAGCGUUCGAGAGAUCAAGCAGGAGGUAAUGCUGGUCACUCGCUCGAUGAUCUCACGGUCUGAUAAUUUAAGUUGCUCAUGUAAUCCGAAUCGCACAUAUGCCGCUUAAUUAGCAUCGAGGUAUGAACAUUGCUGCGGGAUCUCGUGAUUGGAGACCAUGGAGUCUGGCUUCGUUCUCCGAACCUAUCGGAACGGUCUCCGUUUCGCCUUCCCGAUUACGGCAUAAGGGCUCACGCUUCACUUCCGAACGUCAUU